UUUAUGAGAAUACUAGUCUAAUAUCUUCCACUGCAGUCGGCAUAGCUAAACUAUUUUAGAGAAAUUUUAUGCUAAUCAAUGUUAAUCUCUAGUAUGAUGUACAUGCACACAUCCAUUCAUGUAACUACAUGCAUAUUGUACAGUGCCAUUAAACAUUCUAUCUGACAGUCUUCCUUCUUCCUGGUGAUUUAUGAAUAAGAUUGUAAUUUUCUUUCCGUUCAGCUUGAAUCAAUCAACACUACAAAAGGUUGCUUUUGAUAUAUGAAUGCCAGAUAAAAAGAUCAUGAGCUUGUUGAAGUAACUACUGAUAAAGCUUGACAGACCACUGAUCAUUAACUCAAUUGAAACUUGUUCCAUUAGCUUCGCGUGGAAAAUGUUACGACUUAAAUAACUCACAAGCCAUGAAGAGCUCCAGUUGAACUACGCUGAGCAGUGUUUCUUUAGCUUUCUUCUUAGUGAGCCUAUUUCUUCUUAUGAUAAAAUUUUAAGUAUGCAUCCUGUGUUUGGAUGCAGUUGCAAGCUCUUGCCAAACUAUCUAACUGGUUGUUUUUUUCUCUCUCUCUAGGAUUGUUCUGUAUACCUUUUUGCCUCUAAAAUUUCUUCAUUAGGCAUAUAAUGCUUUUUUCUUUUUUUUGAUAAUUUUGUGUCUUAAUUGACAGUAGUUUAGGCCAUUGACUCGUCUCCUUGUGGAUCUUUGUUUUUUUUUUUUUUUUUUUUUUUUUUGGCAUUAUCCACAAGUAAGUUAAAAUUUUUCCUAAGAGUUGAGGAUCCUCUAAUUGCUUGCUGACCUCUUGCUUGUGUUUAUUAACUUGUCUAAUGAGAUUUUAAGAUUUGAAGGAUUUAUCAUUCUUCUACUGGUUCAUGGAUUUUCCUUUUUCUUUCUGGAGGCUCAAUUCAAAGACAAUGCUACCUGAAAUUGGAUUUUCUGGUUCCAUAUCAUGGUUUUGACCUUGAGUUUGUUUUCCACUUUUAUUUGAUCCAUUCUAGUCCUGAUCAAUGAUAUUCAAGCAGAAGUAACCAGGAUGGUGUUCGAGUCAUACAUCGUCAGUAAUUGAAUUAUUCUGACUAUUGGGUAGACGCGUUUUUGCCCUGAACCUGAAGCUUUGGAAGACCAUGGCGUGUGAAUUAGAUGCAGCAUUAUUAAAUUCCUGGUUGUGAGUUUGCUGAGAAAUUGUUUGGAACGAUUUCUAUUUGAGUUGUCAUAGUCACUCAUAUGGGAAAGCAUUUUCAUGGGACUUUACUGGAAAUCACUGAGGAAAUCUACUGGUGUACCUCCCCAUUUUUCUUCAUGCGAACACUUUCCUGGAAAGAGAGAUUUUAAGGAUCUUUCAGUAGGAAAUCAUCUGCAUAGAUUGACCUGGCCGGCCAGCUCUUCGUAUGUGGUUACAAAUGAGACAGGUCAUCUGGGUCCCAUAAUUUAAUUAUUUCUAACUGCUAAAUAAGAAAACUUGGCCUACACAAGACCUUUCUGUACAAUUGAACCAGAGUUUCCCUUUUGGUUUCUCUUCCUGUAAGCAGCCAUGGCCGAAGCAGUUCUAUCUGCACUUAUGGAAGUAAUAUUCGAAAAGAUGUCUUCGCAAAUCCUGGAGCACAGAAUGCUGGGAGGCACGGAGAAGGAGAUGAGCCAGCUUCAGAGCAUAUUAUUGACGAUUCAAGAUGUGCUUGAAGAGGCAGAAGACCAACAAUUAAGGAAUAAGAUGGUGAAAAAUUGGUUGAUGAAGCUUAAGGAUGCCGCUUAUGAUGCAGAUGACUUGCUGGACGAGUACAUGAUGGAAGCUCUUGAGUAUGAAGUAGGGGCUGAUGAUAACACGAAGCUCAAGGAUUGCAUGAUUAACAUGGUAUGCAACUUCUUUUCACAGUCAAAUCCGUUCAUCUUACAUUACAAAAUGAAAUGUAGGUUAAAGCAGAUAGGGGAGAGGUUAAAUUCAAUUGCAAAUGAGAGGUCCAAAUUUCAUUUGAAAAAUUCAAAUGUUAAUCAGACCUAUCAGUCAUCUGGGAGACUGCAGUCAGAUUCUUACUUGCUUGAAUCUGAUGUUUUUGGAAGAGACAAAGAUAGAGAGGAAAUAAUUAAGCUACUGACAGAUAAUAGCCAUGGGGAUGUUUCAGUCAUUCCAAUAGUUGGUAUAGGAGGGCUAGGGAAGACAACUCUCGCAAAACUGGCCUACAACGACAAACGGGCAGACAAGCAUUUCCAGCAAAGAAUCUGGGUUUGUGUCUCUGAAGAUUUUGAUGUGAAGCGGAUUAUGAAAGCAAUUUUGGAAUCUGCCACUGGGAAUACAUGUCAUCUUCAAGAGAUGGAAGUGAUUCAGCAGCGCAUUCGAGAACUGGUCAUGGGGAAGAGGUUCUUACUAGUUUUGGAUGAUGUAUGGAGCGAUGAUCAUGAAAAAUGGGAGAGAUUGAAGAAUUCAGUGAGACAUGGUUCUGAAGGUAGCAAAAUCUUGGUUACAACCCGUAGUGAAAAGGUUGCACUGAUAAUGGGUACCAUUGCCCCUUACUAUUUAAAGGGCUUGCCAGAAGAUGAUUGUUGGUCUUUGUUUGAGCAGCGAGCUUUCAAGCUUGGGGUACCAAAAGAAGCUUCAAUAGUUGCAAUCGGAAACGAUAUUGUGAAGAAAUGCAGGGGUGUACCUCUUGCAGCAAAGACUCUUGGAAGCUUGAUGUGCUUCAAAAGAGAGAAAAGUGAGUGGGUAGAUGUAAAAGAUAGUGAAAUAUGGAACCUACUUGGAGGAGAAAAUGGAAUUCUACAAGUAUUGAGACUCAGUUAUGAUGAUCUACCAUCACAUCUGAAACAAUGCUUUGCAUACUGCUCCAUUUUUCCCAAGGACUACUGCAUAGAGAAGGAGAACUUGGUCCAGCUGUGGAUGGCUGAAGGAUUCCUUCCAUCAUCUGGAAGAAAGGCACCAGAAGAAGUUGGGAACGAGUACUUCAAUGAGUUACUAUGGAGGUCUUUCUUUGAGAAUGUCACCAAGGACAGUGAUGGGAACAUAGUAAAAUGUGGAAUGCAUCAUCUUUUUCAUGAUCUUGCAAGAUCUGUUUCAGGUUCAGAUUGCUCAGCAGUAGAGGUUGGUAGGCAAGUAAGAAUUCCUGCAGCCACACGGCACAUAUCAAUGGUCUGUAAAGAGAGGGAAUUUGUAAUUCCAAAGUCCUUACUGAAUGCUGGGAAAGUCCGCUCUUUCCUUCUAUUAGUUGGGUGGCAAAAGAUUCCCAAAGUAUCUCAUAAUUUCAUCUCAAGUUUCAAAUCCUUGCGUGCUUUAGACAUAAGCAGCACACGGGCUAAGAAGCUAUCUAAGUCAAUUGGGGCAUUGAAACAUUUAAGGUACCUCAAUCUCUCAGAUGCUCGCAUCAAAAAGUUACCAAGCUCUAUUUGUGGUCUUUUGUAUCUGCAGACAUUGAUACUCAAGCAUUGUGACCUUCUGGAGAUGCUACCGAAAGAUUUGAGAAAGUUGAUCUUCCUCAGACAUCUAAAUAUUUAUGCAUGUAGAUCAUUGGUCAAGCUUCCAAAUGGGAUUGGAAAACUCAGCUCCCUUCAAACAUUACCAAUUUUCAUAGUUGGUAGGGGAACUGCUUCUAGUAUUACUGAGUUGCAGGGCCUGGACCUGCAUGGAGAAUUAAUGAUUAAGAACCUUGAAAAUGUGAUGAAUAAAAGAUGUGCCAGAGCUGCAAAUCUGAAGGAGAAGAGAAACCUUCGUUCACUGAAACUUUUAUGGGAGCAUGUAGAUGAAGCGAAUGUAAGAGAACAUGUUGAGCUUGUCAUUGAAGGCCUCCAACCAAGCUCUGAUUUAAAGAAGCUGCACAUUGAGAAUUAUAUGGGUGCAAAUUUCCCAUGUUGGCUGAUGAAUUCAUCUCUCUCAAACCUCACUGAACUCUCACUAAUCAGAUGUCAAAGGUGUGUCCAACUUCCUCCGUUAGAGAAGCUAAGUGUUCUUGAGGUUCUCUCAAUAGAUGGAAUGGAUGCCACAAGGUACAUCUCUGGUGACUCCUGCACAAAUGACGGGGUUGUUGAUUAUGCAUCAUUGAAACACCUCACACUCAAAAAUAUGCCAUCUUUAUUGGGGUGGUCAGAAAUGGAAGAAAGAUAUCUGUUUUCCAACCUGAGGAAAUUGACAAUUGUUGAUUGCCCAAAUAUGACGGACUUCCCAAAUCUUCCAUCUCUGGAAUCUCUGGAGCUGAAUGAUUGCAACAUCCAGUUAUUAAGGAUGGCAAUGGUGAGCACUUCUCUUUCCAACUUCAUCAUCAGUGGCUUUUUUGAGCUAGUAGCUUUACCUGUUGGAUUGCUAAGAAAUAAAAUGCAUCUUUUGUCUCUUGAAAUCAAAGACUGUCCAAAGCUCAGAUCUCUCUCAGGUGAGCUUGAAGGUCUUUGUUCCCUUCAAAAAUUGACAAUUAGUAAUUGUGACAAGCUAGAAUCUUUUCUGGAGUCUGGAAGCCUCAAGUCUCUAAUAUCUUUGUCAAUACAUGGGUGCCACAGUCUAGAAUCUCUGCCAGAAGCAGGGAUUGGAGAUCUCAAGUCCCUUCAAAAUCUUUCACUCUCAAAUUGUGAGAAUCUAAUGGGCUUGCCAGAGACUAUGCAGCACCUUACAGGCCUCCAGAUUCUAUCUAUUUCAAGUUGUUCCAAAUUGGAUACCCUUCCUGAGUGGCUGGGAAACCUUGUUUCACUCCAAGAGCUGGAGCUUUGGUAUUGCGAAAAUCUACUGCAUCUGCCAGAUUCAAUGGUGAGACUCACAUCCCUUCAAUUUCUAUCUAUAUGGGGCUGUCCUCACUUGGAAAUAGGAUGCAUCAAGGAGGAAGGGAACGAUUGGCGCAAGAUACAACAUGUUCCAUAUAUCAAGAUUAAUGGCCCUUAUAUUCAAGCUGCUGGAGUGUAGUGUAUCAAUAUCGUGGCAAGGAUAAAUUGGGGAUUAGGCAGCAUUGUUAGUUUCCAGAAUUGGUUAGGAAGCCAUGAAGGAAGAUAGCUGGCUCUUCGAACAAGCCGGUCAGUUGAACUAUAGGAUUGAAGAAGCAUACUUGUAUAAUUAUAUAGAGAUACGACUAUCAAAUCUGUUCUUUAAGGUCUUGGCAGAGGGUUCAUAGGGGUUUAUGGGAUUGGACUUAAGAUUGUGUUUUUGUUUGUACUGAUUUAUUCGCUUGUAAUAAAGAUCUUUCCAAGCUUAUAUGUUCACCUCUAGUGAUUACUUUUCC